AUGUCUGUGCUCAAUCUUAUGAAGAAGGGCCAUCAGCAGGCCAAGCAGCACGCUGCCGAGGAAUCAGAAAAAUCCAAACAAGAAGUGGUGAAAGCACCUUACAAGCACGUCCCGACACAUGCAGCAAUAGAUGCGCUCUCAGGAGCGAACUGGCAAGAAGAUUACCGUCAAAGAAUAAAGGAGCAAAACCAGAAGAGGCAGUCAAUGCUGCUAGCAUUGCCAGAGCCAAAGAGAGGCACCAUGCCUCGCGUAUCUAGUUCACUAUCCACUGUCUCCUAUCCAACAGACAGGCCAAGCCCGUUUCGGGUCAACAGCUCCCAAUCUACGCGAACAGUAGACUGGAAAGGCAAAGGGCGCGACAUCCCGCCCCAUAAUUUGGCUGUGCCAUCAGUCCAUCGCAUCCGGAGCGGCGACAGUCCAAAGAAAGUGACAUAUCGAAGUGGUGGAUCCGAUAACUCAAGCUCAUCGGAAGACGAACUUGAAGUGCACCAUGUUCGCACAACCUCUCUCAACGCCGGUACACCCGGAGGUUCACGAAGCGGAUACACGCCGCCACGUAAUCACUACUUCACGGCGCCUCGCCCUAUGGACAACAAGGUAUUGAGCACACAGGCUGCUCUACCAUCAUUCCCGGCGCCUCCGGGUACCAUGGAGUCGACGACAAGCUCACCAGCCAUGUCAAACUAUGUUUCCUAUGCCUCGUCUGCCAGAUCUGCGGCGUCUUCUUUUACAGCGCCCAGCUCAAAGGCUUCAACGCCUGCUGCCAGCAUCAAUGACGAGACCAAGCGGCCUUCAUCGGCGCUCGAGAUCAGAGCUACGCCAAAGAAGGCCAAGAAGAAUCGAUGGUCCUUCAUGCUCAGCAGACGAUCGACCGCGGUAGCUGUGUAG